GUUUAGCUCAAGUCAACGUCUUCCACGAGACAAAUAAGUGCAUUAAACUGUGUCGUGGAUUCCCCUGCAUGCUUCUUUUCUCCCUUAAAUUGCUCAAGGACCAGUUUGGGAACAAGUAGAAGAUGAGUGACACCGUGACAUUAGAUGACGAAUGGGUGGAAGGCUUGGAAAAGAAGGUGGCCGACACUAAAUGGGAGGACCGGCGCAGCCAACUGCCCACAAUCUUCAAAGCCCCAAACCACAUUCGAGAAAUAGAUACCAAAGCCUACGAACCGGUCAUCCUCGCUCUCGGCCCCUACCACCAUGACAAGCCUCACCUGCAAGCCAUGAACCAGCUCAAAUGGCACUACCUCAAGAAAUUCCUGGCCCGAAACCCCGUCAAGAACUUGGUGGAUUACCUCAAGCAGGUCAAGGCACUGGAGAGCCAAGCACGGAUGGCCUACGCAGAAGAACCGAAAAUGAGUAGCAAUGACUUCCUGCAAAUGCUGCUGCUUGACGCCUGUUUUGUGGUUGAGACCAUUACGUUCUGGGAACAGACUGAGCAAGGACUUGAAGCUGUACAAAAUCCAAUCAAAAGUACAUCAUGGACUCUACGAGCGGUAGCACGGGACAUGUUGUUGCUGGAGAAUCAGCUUCCCUUCUUUCUUCUCGAGACAUUAUUUGACGCUGCCUUUCCCUACCAAUCUGACAACCUACUCGUGCGGGUACUCAAUUUCAUCGGCAGAUUUGUAAGGACCGGUAACAUGGAAAUUGCUUCUCUCAGCGGCAGUUCACACCAUCUCCUUCAUAUCCUCCAUUCCUGCAUCAUCCCAGUAACGGAACGAGAUUGCACUCCGGUGGUGAUGACGGGACAACCGACUUCCGAGGUGCCGUGGAUGCCGAAUGCGACACUGCUCAAGGAGGUCGGGGUCCAGUUCAAGAUGAGGGUGGCGGCUAAGAGCUUCUUGGAUGUCACCUUCCAAAACGGGGUGAUGGAGAUGGCCCAGCUGAUAUUCGACGGGGACACCUGGACACUCUUCAGGAACCUCACAGCAUUCGAGCAGUGCCACAAGCUUGCCAACCCAGUUGUCACCGCCUACGUGCUUCUCAUGAACUCCAUCAUCGAUACCGCUGCCGACGUCCAACUCCUCAAACGAGAUAAAAUCGUGAUUGGCGCUUGGGGCCAUAGCAAAGAAGUAGCCAGUCUCUUCCACGAUCUUGUCAUGGAUAAGGUCUUCCACAGCAGCUGGCCUCCGCCGAGCAUCUUCAGCGAUGUCACCAAGUACUACGACAGCAACAGACAUCGGGCAACUCCCUUCAAUACUCGUCGGGCGUUCUUCUCGUUGCUCUCAGUUAUCCUAGUGCUCACCCUCGUUACGAUCGUGAGCUACUUUUGGCCACCUAAGUAGUAGUCUCUUGGCCCGUGUACUGUUGUAGUAGCAUUGGGUUCUCGUGUUCCCUCGUGCUCUCUUGGUGUGUUUGCUGCAGUGUCUGCAAUCUCAUAAUAACGCACGGAUGGCUCUGCUAGUCUGUAUUUUUUGUUUGAUGCGAUAAAUAUGUGUUUGAUAAACUACAUUUGCUUCCAUAAUGCAAUAAAUGAUGUGUCGGGUAGUUUUCGCAUU